ACGGCCAGAAGGUGCAUCAUUCGACAACGGGCCAGCUCCAGGACAGCACAUCUCUCCCCCCUGACAAUCAGCGGAGAAAAAAGAAAGAAAAAAGAAGUUGUGAGAAACUUGCCAGUUUUUGUAUAACUUACCUCAUCGGUGAACAUCACCUGUUCGUUCAAUUCUCCUCAACUCCUUUUAACACAGCCAUGAAGGCUAAUAUCGCUUGUGUUCUCCUCGCCUUGGCCGUGUCCUCCGCGGCGGCCCAACAGUUAAAGGCCACUCAGGCCGAUCCUUGCCAGGCCAAGGGCAAGAUGGUGGCCGACGUCACCUAUUGCGAUCGCUACUGGGAGUGCAUCGAUGGAGCCGCCGAACAGUUCGACUGCCCCAAUGGCCUGGUUUUCGCCGGACGGGCUCGCGGCCUUCUCGAGAACUGCGACUACCCGUGGAGGGGCGAUUCCUGCGAAGGCAAACAGCUGGCCAACACGCCUGUCAGUGUGGGACCUUGCGACUGGAAGUACGGCAUCUUCGGACACGAAUCCUCUUGCAUCCGCUACUGGACCUGCUGGAACUCGACGUCCACUGAGCAGUUCUGUAUCGGCGGCCUGCUCUACAACGAAGAGAAGCACGCUUGCGAUUGGCCCGAGGCCGUCGAGGGAUGCCAGAAACAUCCUUUGUGCAAGGACGAUGCCAACGGUAAUGUGCCACUAGGCAAAUCCUGCAACCGUUACUGGGCCUGCCAGGGUGGCUACCCCCGUCUGCAGCGCUGCCCGGCCACUUUGGUCUUUGACAAGCGCUCACUCCGCUGCACCAACCCGCCGACUGAGGAUUGCGAGGCUCCUCCCCCACCACCCCCAGAGGAUGACCCCAACGCACCCGCUGGACCCGCUUUCGUCGAAGAGGAAGAGCCCGCCGCUCCCGCUCCUCUGGUCUAAGACGAAUAAUUCGUCUCCCAGAAAAAGAAAUUUUUUUUAUUAAUCUACACACAAAACAAACAAAAAAUUCAAAAAAAGAACGUACCAAACCUCAUUCAUCAUUAUAUAAUCACUUUUGAUUUGUCUCCUCGUUUCUCUACACUUUCUAGAAUUUUUAUCUUUUUUCUAAAACACGAAACAAAAAAAAAGGAAAUAAUUGGUACGACUUUAGCUCCGAAUGGUAUAUAGCCUAUCAACAACGAGCAUCUCAAUCCCCCCCCCACCCCCUUUUAUCCCCAACCCCACCCACUCUCGUCAUUACUCUACUUCUGACCGCUUGACCGCGUUCAUUUUCGCAAAAAGGUAAUAAAAAAACAAAACACAAAAGGAAACCGCGACUCCUGGGUAAAUUUCCGCAGAUUGACUCUGCGGAAUCCGAACGAAGAAAAAAUAACCGGUCGUUGGCUCCCCCCCCACCUAUCAAUUUUCUCCUCAUUCUAAUUUUUUUUUCUUUUUUUUCCAUUCCCCUCUAUUUUUUUGACGUCAUCAGUUGUUUCAUCUAGACGCAUCGAACGCCAAGUUCCUUGAGAUCCAGAUCCUUUGUUACAUCGUUUCUUUCAUUCCUUUAAAAAAUUUUUUUUUCCAAACUUUUUACAAAAAAAAAAUGAUUAAAAAAACCAACCAACUCAGUUGACCUACCCACACAGCCCCAUCCUCUUUCUUCUCUUGUUUCCAUUUACCAGCGCUCCGUCCAUCAAAGUCGCACGCGAAAAUAGAGAUUUUUUUUUCUUCGAAAUUUCGCCUGUGUUCACUUUACGUACGAAAAUGAGAAAAAAAGACUGUACCAUUCUUUGCUGUUGUAAAUAAAAAAUACAAUGAAAUUCGAAAAGUUA